CACACGCACACGUACACGCGCGUGGAUAUUAUACUGCAACCUGCUGAUUCCUGCUAGACUUGCGUCGCACUUCCACUGUUAAAGGGCAACGUUCGUCGGUGCGCAACGCUGCGACAUCGCACCUCUUUGGAGCGCAAACGCGUCCGCACGAGUGAAAUGGCUUCGGUCGCCGGACUGCUUUUAUUUGUGAACGUCGUAUCAAACGGCGCCGUUUGACCGACUUACCGGAGCGCUCGGAAUAAAGUUUCUCAUGGUGCACUCUACCCCGAAGCAGCACGGCGCGCGACAGGAGUCCGAAAUGAAAGCAGCGCCGACACCUUUUUGCGCAUUUCUCUAUCGGAAGUAUUCCAAAUGGCUUGAUUCGCGAGUCAUGUAUCGCGUUUGAUCUCUGUGACUGACAACUGCGCGCUUCGACGGACUUUGGUUUACCAUUACGCCUUCUUCUUUUUUUUACAUUUGGAUAAGGGACUGCAGCUCCAAGAGAGACCCACUUGGGACAGCGGAGAACACAGCGGGGAAACACCAUGAACAGCUGCUGGCUUGCCCUGGUCGGAUUGUGGUGGACUGCGUAUUGCUGCAUGUUCCUGGUGGCGGGGAGUAACUAUUCACUGGAUGGAAACAACGAGGUGCACCCGGGCUUCAUCCACCGGCGGCUCCGGACGCACGAGAAGAGGGAGAUGCAGAAGGAGAUCCUGUCCAUCCUCGGGCUGCCUCACAGACCGAGACCGCAUCCGCCGCACGGGAAAUACAACUCCGCUCCGCUUUUCAUGCUGGACUUAUACAACACCAUAUCGAACGAGGAGAAGAGCCGGGUGGAGGGCAUCGUGGACCGGUACGAACCCAUGCAGACGACCCCGAGUCCUUCUCUUGCCACAUAUCAAGAAAGUGCCUUUCUAAAUGACGCAGACAUGGUCAUGAGCUUCGUUAACCUUGUGGAGUACGACAGGGAGCUCUCUCCGCAGCGGCGUCACCACAAGGAGUUUAAGUUCAACCUCUCACAGAUCCCAGAGGGCGAGGCCGUCACCGCAGCAGAAUUCCGCCUCUACAAGGAGUGUGUGAGCCGCGCCUUCCGCAACGACACCUUCCUAGUCAAAGUCUACCAGGUGGUCAAGGAGCAUCCUCACAGAGAGGCCGACUUCUUCCUGCUGGUCCGCAGGCUGUGGGCGUCCGAGGAGGGCUGGCUGGAGUUUGACAUCACGGCCACCAGCAACCUGUGGGUGAUGAGCCCGGCGCACAACCUGGGCCUGCAGGUCAGCGUGGAGACCAGCGGCGGGCGGAGCAUCGGCUCCAAGGAGGCGGGGCUCGCCGGCCGCGACGGCGCGCUGGAGAAGCAGCCUUUCAUGGUGGCGUUCUUCAAAGUCAGCGAAGUGCACAUCCGCUCCGCCCGCUCCGCCGGCGGCGGUAAGCGUCGGCAGCAGAACCGCAACCGGUCCACGCAGCCGCAGGACGGAUCCAGAGGGCUCGGCCCGGCAGAUUACAACAGCAGCGACCAGAAGACGGCAUGCAGACGGCACGAGCUCUUCGUGAGCUUCAGAGAGCUGGGCUGGCAGGAUUGGAUCAUCGCUCCCGAAGGCUACGCAGCCAACUACUGUGACGGAGAGUGCUCCUUCCCCCUCAACGCCCACAUGAACGCCACCAACCACGCCAUCGUUCAGACGCUGGUGCACCUGAUGAACCCGGAGAACGUACCGAAGCCCUGCUGUGCCCCCACCAAGCUCCACGCCAUCUCUGUGCUCUACUUUGAUGACAACUCCAACGUCAUCCUGAAGAAGUACAAGAACAUGGUGGUGCGGGCGUGCGGCUGCCACUGACGGCGAUAUCGAGGGCCGAACGAUGCCGGGUUACAAGUUGGGGUUUGCAAAGGGCUGCAGCUGCAAAAGGGACUCCAGGGUGUGACGUUGACCUCAGCUAGACUCCCGGUUUAAAUCCUCAUCCUGCAAGGGACGUCCGCCCUGAAAGAGACGUUGACGUGAUCCAUUCAAAUAUUCUUGGGACGCUUCAGUUUUAGGAAACUUCACCCCUUCAAUGUCGAGCCCCCGAGCUGUCAAUCACCUCCUCCGUUAGCUGUGGAGGGUCUGCAACAAACGUGUGUGUGUGUGUGUGUGUGUGUGUGAGAGAGAGAGAGAGAGAGAGAGAGAGACAGUGGACUUUUAGUUUGUGUGUUCAUGGAAGUGUGUGUGAGAGGCUACUGCCCCUCCUCCCUAGUAGCGAGGGAGGGGGCUGCACUGAACUGUCAGUCAGAGUGCUGCUUUCUGUUCCUUCUUCCAGAGGAGGCUCCAAUAAUGAGCAACAGCUUCUCUACAUCACCUUGCGGAGUUUACUCAGUUUUAUCAAAACCAACAAUCAUUAACGUCACCAGGUCAGUAGUUUAUAGAUGGAAAAAUACAAACUCAAUCGAAUGAUAUAUAUAUAUUUUUUUCUUAAGCCUUAUUUGCCCUCCUAAAAUAUAAUACGGACUGAACCCAAGUGACCGCUGGCUAUUUUAGUAGCCACUGCUCCAAAUAUCCCGUGUGUGUCAAUAUUUGCCAGACUCACUGCGAGCUGCGAUUGACCAGGCUGGUUAAACAUGGACGCAUGUUGUGGCUAAACUGAUGUUUAUUCUCCGGAGAACCGAAGAAUAAAGCCUUAUCCCCACGUUGCUGCACUCUCAAAGUUAACAAAUGCUUCCACCCCAUCAAGAGAUUGUGGGUUUUAUAGCGUCAAAAACAGUUUGUUCUAGUGUUCAGAAAUGAUCCCAAGUGGCAACAGCUUUCCAAUCGAAUGUUACUGUGAGCUUUGAAUGACUAACAAGAAUCAAUACCGUAUGUGCCUAACCAAUCAUAAAUUACAAAAUAUACCUCUGGUAAGCUGCUGUUUACAUUUUUGAUCAUGUUUAGUCUGUUUUUUGUAAAUACUUGUACAUUCUCAGCUUAUUUAUUGCACCUUUUAUUAAAGAAACACAUACCUUAUUAACAGACAGAUGCAAGGACGAAAUGAAAAUACAAACUUAUUUUUGAAAUUUUUUAUUAUGAAAUCUCAUGUUACAAUUUGCCAUUAUUCACUUUUUUUGUACAAAACCCAUGGGUAGAGCACGGCCCAUGACUCAUAGGGGGGAAAUAUUUCUGUCACUGGAGUUCCUUAGACCAUGUGCUAUCCAUAAAAACCUAGAGUAAAAAAAACUGCUGUGUCCGACUGUUUGUGUACCCGGGUUGUACAAUAAAAAGGUGCCCUGCAUCCUGCAGCUCACUCUCCUCCGGUCAAAGGGCAUCCAUUAGCGCAUUAGCAUGCUUCACACGUGGGUGAAGUCAGUCCCAGAGAUAUUUUCUUGAGCGGGGAACUGUUGGAUUGCCGUUUUAGUCGAAGGGGGAAAAAGAAAAUAAUGUCACUGGUUUGUGACAGACGCACGUCAGGUAGUUCUAUGGACUCAAGAGGCAGCUGGUUCAACCGCUAAGAUGAGAAUAGAUCAUGACAUCAUCAGGUCAGCCCACCUGACCCCGAGCUGCAGGAACCUCAGUCCCUCUCAAG